AUGUUACUGACAAAAUGUUUCAACCAUAAUCUUCUCCUAAACUUGUUCAUUUUCUUCAUAAUUCCUUGCUAUAUUGUGUCCCUUCCUAUACCAGAUGCAGCAACUGUUCAAACUGUCACAACAAAUUCCUCUUCACAAGGAACCAUCCCUGCUUUCCCUGAACAAGCUGAUAUUGCAAGAUGUCCUUUAUCUCUCUCAGAUGAGCACUUCAAUGGAAUCAAAAACGCAUGCACUAUCAAAUCCAACAAACAUGGAAGGGUUUCUUCUGGUUUGGAACAUGGACAUGCUGCUGCAUCUUAUGAUAUGCCUCUGUUGCCAGAUGAUUCUGAGACAUGUGAGAGUGAUUUGGGAAGGGCUUUGAAAGUUAGAGGAAUUGAGCUUUUUCAACCUAAUGAGACUUGUGAUGUGGUUUAUUGUUAUUGUGGGGUUAGGCUUCAUCCUUUGAGCUGUACUGAAUCGUUUAAGGUUACUCAUAGUGGAAAUCUUGUUGGAAAUGAAAAUGUGAAGAGGUUAGAGACGAAUUGCUUGAGUAGUAGCAAUGAUGUUAAUGGAUUUCCUGGUUUAGGAGGUUGCUCUAAGUGCUUGCAUAGCCUCUAUUUGCUUAGAAAGAAGACUUCAAAUUCAAGCAAAACAGGAGACAGAACAACAAAGAUCCAUAACAAAGAUUGUGAACUAAUGGGAUUAACAUGGCUUUUAGCUAAGAAUAGAACAGCUUAUAUUCACACGGUUUCUUUGGUUCUUCGCGCUUUGAUGUUGAGUCCUGAUGGAUCUGAUCCACAAUCAUGCACUCUUAAUAGUGAUGGAAUGCCACUUGCUGUUGAUUCAUCUGAAAUGUAUGAUCAAUCUUCAUCAACUAAUCUUCAAUCACCAAUCUUUCUUUCUUUGUUGUUUUUAUAUUUUGUACUAGUUAUGCGUUUCAUUCUAUUAUCCACCUAA